GCUGGUUCCCGCCAUUCAUAUCUUGCGAUGCUCACGCGUCAAGGCGCCAAGCGGCUCCGGUUCACGUCGCCGCGGACGUCGCAAGCCGCGCUCGUCUGCCCCGGCCUGCUCUUGCUCAUCGUGUCGUACCAAGACGGCGUGCACGCGUGCGUCCGGCCGCUGGCGCGCAUCUACCGCGAGACGCACCUCUUCACGCACGCCUUCUUCCUUCGCUUUGAUCGCUGGCUCGUGUCGUUUGGCGUCGCCGGGCUUGGCCGGCUCGUCGCGACACAGCGCGAGUCGUGGCUGCAGCGCACGAUGGACGCGCUCGUGUCGCUUGGGCACGUCGACGGCGUCCAGUUCCUCUUUGCAGAGACGCCGCUGCGGACCUGCCACCUCCUCGCGCUCUGCUGCGCGGCCGCACACCAGCACGCGGCGAUGCUCGUGUAUCUACGCGACCACUGCGACGAUCAGAUCAUGCGCCUCGGCCUGCAGCUGCUUCCACUGUUUGCGCCCGAGAGCAGCCUCGAGGCGCGCAAGGCCGUCGCAGACCUCCUCCUGCGUGCGAUUGCAACGAGCCGAGUCCGCAUCUCGCCCGACACACUCGGUCUUCUGCAAUCGCCUCGUCGCGACAUGUAG